CACAUAUAUCGAUAUUCCAAAAGAAAAAACUAUCGAUUGUCUCACAGCUAGAACAUAUGUUAAAAUAACGCUUAAAUUUUGUUUCAGGAUAGACGUACAAAAUGAAGACCAAAACAAAGGAGUCGAAGAAGAAGGCUCGUCAACUAGCCCAACGAAAAGUAUCCGCCAAAUCAAAGGAAGUGAAGAAGAUGCCUAAAGAAGUUGGAGGAAAAUUAUCCGCCCAACACUUUCCCCCAGCCAGGAUACCAAAAAAUGUCCUGCAGCGAACUCUGACCAUCGCCAACGACUCCACUGACGCUUUUUGGCUGAACAUAAAUGUGGGGUGUACUCCCUCGGUCAGCUAUGAGAUGACGGUCGAGUCUGAAUUUAGGCGUUCCCUCACCUACGACAAGUUGCACCUGGCCCGAAGUUGUCUACUGCAACGGGACUACAAGAACCUGGCCAAGCUGCUCACCUCAAAUCUUUACGGCGAAACCGCUCUGCAAAAAAAUGGAUACCAGGUUUUCUCCGAAUACGCGUCUCUGCUACAAAAAUUCACCAAAAUUAAACAAUCAGCGCAGGGCAUAACGCCAUCACCCGACAUCUUUAAGGACUUGGAAUAAUAAAAGAGCACUGCU